AUGCCCCUCAUCUCCCCCCAUGCUCUCCUCUACGCCAGCCUGUCACAGGAACCACCACUCCGGCCCUCGAGCCGCAAACCCUCCCAAUGCCGGCCCAUCUCAAUCAACACAUCAUCCCUCACUCACGCCAACGGCUCAACCCUGAUCAAAAUCGGCCAAACAACAGCCGUGUGCGGAGUACGCGCCGAGAUCCUCCCCAUCCACGAAAUCGCGAAUUACCGCGUCAAUAAAAACCCAGAAAAUUAUAUACCUCAAGCAGACCACGGCGAGGACAGUCCGGAAGCCGAUGCCGUGAUCCGAAACCACAACCUACUAGUCCCCAAUCUUGAACUCGCAACCGGAUGCUCGCCCUUCCACCUCCCGGGCUCCCCACCCUCACAGGAGGCGCAAUCCUUGUCGCAACGUCUACUAUCUUUACUACACACAUCUCACGCGGUCAGGUUAUCUGACCUCUGCAUCUACAACGAGACCAUCACAGACCUCGAACGCGAGAUCCCCGACAUUGACGCAUCUCCAGAGAAGAAAUUGAAGGCAUUCUGGGUGCUCUACAUUGAUACGGUGGUCAUAAACCAUGACGGGAACCUCUUCGAUGCAUGCGCACUGGCUAUGUUCUCGGCGCUGAGGGAUACGCUUUUGCCUAAGGCGUGGUGGGACAUAGAUUUGGAAUCGGUUAUAUGCUCGCCUGAGAAGGGUCAAGCUAAACGAUUGAGGCUGAGAGGUUGUCCGGCACCGCUGUCUUUCUUGGUGUUUAGGUCUAAUAAGCUUGAGGAGGGGGGUACUAGCAGAAAGAUUGAGCAGGUACUGUGCGAUCCAGAUGCGUUCGAGGAAGGGUGCUGCAGAGAGCAGGGAUGUGUGAUUGUGGAUCAGGAUAAGAAAGGUAGAGUUUUCGUGCUCAAGAUCGAAAAGAAUGGAGGCGGGAGUGUAGGAAGAAGCGGGCUGAGGGAGCUGGUGGAGAGGGCUGGGGAGAGGUGGAAAGAGUGGCAGCAGGUUUUAGUCAAGGAAGCUGGAUCGAAAAAGAGCGAAAAUUGA